UUGACAGCAAGUUACUGCAUUCAUAACAGAGACCAGAAAAUCGCUAUAGACAGUGAACAUGACUAUACUAGGUAGUAAACUAAGUAUGAAUUUCCAGCCAAACCAGAAAACCUCGGACCUUGUCGUAGUAUUGACCGUGUUGUCAGCCAUCUUUGUUACCAUGAAACUGAUUCUUGGAUGGCGGCGCAGACCGCCUGGUCCAUGGGGACUUCCGGUGUUGGGUCAUCUCCCUUUCCUUGGAUCUCGACCUCUGAACAAAUUUAAACAGUACCAGAAAGAAUAUGGUGACGUUGUCUUCUUACGAUUUGGAACCUGGCCCACUGUUAUAAUCAGCGGAAAAGACACCGUCAAAUCAACCCUCAUCCUUGAUAGUUUUGCCUCGCGGCCACCAUUCUUUUCAAUAAAAAGUCUCAGCGAUAUGAAAGGCCUCAGUUUCAGUUUUUUCGAUGAGAGAUAUUCACUUCAUAGAAAAAUUGCCAGUAGUGUUGUAAGGGAAUUUGGAGGUUCUGAAAAUAACGCCUUGAAAGACGCGCUGCGGGAAGAAUCGAAUAUUUUAGUGUCCACCUUUAUGGCAAAUAAUGGACAACCAUUUAACCCAAGUGAACUUCUAUACGUGACGACAGGAAGUAUUAUCUUCCAGUUUUGUUAUGGAAAGGGUGAAAAUAUUCGAGAGAAUCCAGCGUUUUUGAAAGUCAUGGAAGAUCAAGCUAUUUUCAAAGAAUUCUUUACUGCUGGUAAUUACUUCGAUGUUCUACCAUGGUUGAGGUAUAUUAUGCCAGGUAAAUUUAACAGAUUUUUAGAACUGAUUGAUCACUUCCAAAAAGCUCGAAAGGAAAUCGGCGCUCCCAUUAUGGAGACUUUUGACCCAGCCCAUCCUCGCCACGCCUUUGAUGGUUUCCUAAAUGCUUGCUUAAAGUACAAUAUAACCGAUACGCCAAGCGAAGAAGGACUGACUAAAACACAACUUACUGAAACACUAUUGGAGCUAUUUGGAGCUGGCUUUGAGACUACCGCUUCGACUCUGCGAUGGGCUCUUAUGUAUUAUGCAGAAUAUCAAGACGUACAGAUGAGGGUUCAAAAGGAAAUUGACGAGAAGAUAGGAAGAAACAAAGUCAUCUCUAUAAAAGACCGACCUAUUUUACCAUACACCGAGGCAACCAUUCUAGAAAUCAUGAGAAUAGCCCCCGUUGUUCCCAUGGGAUUACCACAUAUGACGACCACUGAUGUGGUGGUUAAGGGAAACCUGAUUGAGAAGGGGACGGUCGUGUUCUUUAACAUUAUGUCGCUCAUGCAUGACGACUACUGGGGUAAUCCUUACGAGUUCCAUCCUGAACGAUUUCUGGAUGAAGAUGGGUGUCUGAUAAAAGAGAAGGUUGAUAGUGUUCUGGCAUUUGGCGCAGGGAGACGCAUUUGUUUGGGCAAAAUGAUGGCACAGACGGAAAUAUUUUACCUGUUAGCGACGCUACUACAGAACUGCAAGAUUUGUAAACCUAAGAAUGUGAAGUACGACUUUGAAGGAGAGUAUGGUCUUAGUUACUUUCCAAAGGAAUAUGAAAUAUGUGUUCAGCCCAGAUAAAAAUGUGUGCGAGUUGACUUUAUCAUUCAAACAUCAAAUGCAGGCAACAAAUCUCUACGCAUUUUGUUUUGUGAAAGUUUUGUUUUCAUCAACAUUUUUUUUCUAUUCAAAUAUUGUACAGAAAACAGUCAUGUAUAUAUAUUUUGAGAUUUUCACGUGGAUAUAUUUGCUUACACCAUUUUUGGCAAAUAAUAUCAUCAAUAGUUAUGAAUUAAAUAAAAUUAUUGUUUUUGUUUUCACUUUUCAAACAUGUAUUGUAAACCGUAUACUGUAAACUUUUGAAGUAUUUUGUUGUUGGAAGUAUGAAAGUAUGAUUACUGGAUAAUUAUAAGUUUAUAUUUGUUGGCCUGUUUGUUUUAUUUCAAAGGUGUAAAAUAUGUCAUUGUUAACAUUUAAUAUAAUUAGAAUAAUUUGAAAAAGCAUUACACUGGAAUUAUGAGAAUUAAUUAAAGAAUUAAUGCAAUGUGCAUAGUAUAAAUAAGUUAAUAUUAGCAUGAAAGUGAAUUUCCAAAUUUAAAGUACAAAAUUUGAAAAUGAAUGACAUCGACAAAAAUACACCUUAACCAGUGAUUAGUAACCCUAUAGCAGUAAAAGUACAUUGGGUUUGCAUAAAUCUUGUGUCUCGGGCAAAAAUAUUGAAGUGAAUACAGUGUAUCCCGGAUUUCUAAGUGGUACUUUGUUUUUAUUUGGACAAAUCAGAAAUAGAAUGCAUCGCUUGUAAUAUAAGAUAGAGAUGUUGCAAAUAAAUGCAAAUUAUUUAAGAGACUAUUCCAUUUUCAUCAACUUUAUUAGAUUAAGCAUAUGUUAUUGGAUCAGGAAUGAUUGUAGGCUAUGCAUUAGUCUGGAAUCCGCCAUUAAAAUGUUCAUACUCAUUGGGUGUAGAUAACUGUGUAUUAUACCAUGUUCGCAUUUUUAUUGCAACAAACUGCCUAUAAUAAAUUAGAAUAAAGUUUAUCUUAGACUUAAA